AUGCUAAAACUGGACCAUGAAAUAUUUGACACAGACAUGAUCAUUGUGGACAAAACAAUGACGGACAUAUGUUUUGAGAACAUAAUUGUAUUCACAGAAGCAAGACCAGACUUUCAGUUAAAACUGGAAGUAUAUAGCUGUUGCAUGGAGGAAUCAUCUAUAACAAACACUCCCAAGAAACUUGCACGGAAGCUCAGAAACUCAAUUGGGAAAUCUGCUGGGAAGAAAUUUAAUUCAGAGACUGAAGAAUCUGAGCCAGAAGCUUUUGUGUUCUCAAAUCUUCACAUGCCGGGAGCAAAAUUCAACCUAUUGGCUCAUAUAGCAUUCACUUUGGACAGUGUAGAGGACAGCUUCAGAACCCAUACCAUUACUGUAGCUGGGCACGAGGAAUGCUCAUUUUGGCUGCCUUUAUAUGGUAGCCUGUGCUGCCGUUUAGUUGCACAGCCAGCCUGUUUGACAGAUGAAGUCAUGGUGGGGUUCCUUAACCAAGAGGAAAUGGUUGGUGGUGUUCGCAGCUGCAUCAAGCUAUACUGUGUACUGAAAGGUGCUAAUCUUCACUGCUACUAUACUCCAGAAGAGAUUGAAGCAAAAGUUGAACCAACAAUGAUCAUUCCUAUUAACAAGGAAACCAGAAUUAGAGCUGUAGAGAAAGAUUCCAAGAAAAGAACAAACAGUUUUUCUAUAAUCAACAUUGUAUGUGGGGAAGCCAUACCUAAAAUAUUCUCAGCUGAUAGCAGAGAAGACCUGCAGAAAUGGAUGGAAGCUUUCUGGCAGCAUUUUUACAACCUCAGUCAAUGGAAGCAUUGUUCUGAAGAAUUUAUGAAAUUAGAGAUUAUAUCACAGCGAAAACCACCAUUGUUUUCAACAAGAGAGGCAACUUCUGUGUAUCAUGAUAUGAGCAUCGGUUCACCUAUGAAGUUUGAGAGCUUAACAGAUAUACUGCACAGGAAAAUUGAAGAAACCAAUGGGCAGUUCUUAAUUGGACAGGAAGACUCUGCUUCUCUUCCUUGGACAGCAUUAUUUGAUGGUAACCACCAACUACACGUUGAGAAGAACACACUUUCUCCACCUUUAAAAGGAGAAGUAGAAAAUGUAAUAGAUGUCAAGGGAAAGAAGAGAAGGGCCCCACCACCACCACCAAAUAAGACACCCUAUACAGUUGGAGAACCAAAAAUCCCAGACCCAUCCGAAAAGGAAAACAUUUGGCCAAGAUCAAGUUUUUCUCGCAAGUCUCUUGAUGCAAAAUUGAAUUCCAUCAUGCAACAGUUCCAAAGGCCAAUGGCCGCCCCACGAAAACCAGUAUCGUCUGCUGAUACAAAAAUCUCAAGUACUGACCAGCUUCAGACAAGUAAUGAAGAGCUCUGUCCUUCCAGACCAGUACCAGCUCCAAGACAGAAGUCCAUAAAACAACGGCUGGAUCCUAGAUCAUGGCUUCAGAUACAAGAGUGA